AUGACCAUGACUGAGGCAAAUGAGGAUGAGCUGGAUGCAUCACAAUCGCAAGCACUCUUGGAGUACGAGCAGCACAGAUAUGAAGCACUCGAAAGACCUGCCGAGGGUCCAACACUUCUCUGGCGAACCAUUGCAAACGGAAUAUCAGCUAGCACUGGCGCAGCCACCGUGACAAUAAGAGCAGGAGUUGUGGCAGGGAAAUGGGGUUUAAUUGCUGGCAAGAAAGCCACUCAUGGGCUUAUUGGCCUGAAUCAGACCAUAUGCGAGGCCGUCCUUCGAGCCGCAGGAAGAGAAGUGAACUCUCGUGCCGACUUGGUGAUGAGGCAAGAAGAGGCUGAAUCUCUCGUAGAAAAGUGGCUCACAAGAAUGCACACCAGAAUGUCUGCUGCCUCCAUUAUAGCAGCCUCGACGUUUUACCUGGCUGAGACUGCCAUGUACUGGACCUCAGAUACUGCCCUGAUUGGUUUACACUUUCUCAAUGCUCUUUUCGGAUCUACUGAAACCUCCAGGGCUGUAGCUGCAAUUGUUACUUUACUAAAAAGAGAACUGUACAAACCACAGCCAGAUGGCAGUUACUAUGAUAUCUCCACAUUCAAUUUGUUGACAACAGUCGCAAGCUUUUUGUUCUUGCAGCGUAAUGCUAGAAGGCAAACAGAGCUGGAAUGGAGGGCUACUGGUGGUGAAGCGACUGUCUGGGAUAUCGUCAUCAACGACCAGGGUUUUCGCGCCGAUGUGAUCGGAACACGACGAUCGGAUGCUAUUGUUGCUACCUCGACCUCUAUUGUUCAGUCGCCAACUCAAGAGGAGUCCGGAGAUGAUUUCACUGUCAUUGCUGGACAAAUUGGAGAAGAGACUUUCAUUAACCCCGGAGCUCUUGACACUCAUGAUGAGAUGCCACUUACCGAUGAGCAAAUCAGGCAGCGCAUCAUGGAACAGCUUCCGCAAGGCACAAGAGCCACUAUUACCACAGAUACAAUGCUGGUAAAGACAGUGCAGGUCGAGAUACAUGGCUCAGAAACUGCUAACGUGGAAGCCCCACCUGGUAUGGUGAUGGUCUCUGAACGUCCUAACUUCGAACAGAGUCCACAGGGUCAAAUAAUCACCUUUCGCACUGUCUCGAAGGCACAAUCCAAAGCAGACGUCAACAAAUAUGAUGGUUCAAAAUCGCUUGUAAAUAUAGCCUCCGAUGCCACGAAUGAGGACGAUAGCACACCAACAGCAAGCAAUACCAACUCUUCCGAUUCACCUGAUGUUGCCGAAGGACAAGGCUCAAGUAGUGGUGAAACGACUUCUGUGGAAAUGCGCAGCAGACAGAUACCCAACAGAGCUACUGCUGCGUCAACUCUUUCUACUCCUGUAGCUGUUCGGAAGAAAACAAGGGGAGCCACGCCUGAAAUUAACCACUCACAAACACCACGACCUAGCAAACUUCCACAAUCGUCCAGUCGCAGAGGAAAAUCCGUUGAUGGCAGUAGGGCUGACAGAAACGACAGGUCAGGAGUCUGGAAGAAAGCACUUAAAUCCUUGAGUCCACCACAAUCAUCGGCUACCUUGAACAGAAUGAUAUCAGGGCCUUCGAGAGCGAGGAGCAACUCAGGAAGUGGUACCGCAUUUUCACUUUCACAAACAUUGAGGCCAUUGACCAGCAAUAAGGAAGUACCACGCAAGCCGGUGUUUGAUCUACCCUCCUCGCAGGCAACAACGCCCAUGACCGAAUUCUCACUCCGCCAUGCGAAUGGAGAUUCUGGGCGACACCACAGGCGCACUAACUCCUUUGCACACGGUUUGGUGUCAGUAGGAGCGAAAGACAAAAAGGACGAGACGUUGGUGCUUGCUCCCAGAGUUCCCAUACCGCGGAGGUCGAUAUUUGAAAACGAUAAAAUGCUGAUGGCACUGGCAAAGGAUGGCAAGGUGCCUGGUCAGUUCCCAAGCUCUCAUCUCAUCCUGACGUUGAGACGCUUUGUACGCUUUGCCUCUGCUGCGUACGGAGAGCAAUUUCUAUCAUUUAUGGGCAUGUACACAAGGUCGCACACCCCUUCGCACAAGAAGGAUUUGAUUGUCCAUCCGGAACAUUCGGCAUUCUCAGAAUAUACAGGUCUACCACCUGAGACUAUUAUCAAGUCUUCCUUUAUUGAUGUGCAAGGCCUGGAGUAUACAUGGUCCGAUGGUUGGUCACCUCUGAUACAUUUUGUUGCCAUCGAUCUCGAGGCCAAGGCUAUUGUGCUAACGUGUCGUGGUACGUUGGGCUUUGAGGACUUGCUGACUGAUAUGGCUUGCGAUUACACUGAUAUCUACUGGCAGGGACAGCCCUACAAAGUCCAUCGUGGCAUCAGAGAAUCAGCACGUCGGCUCAUGGACAGCAGCAACGGCAACCAUAUCAUGGCUACCCUGAAACAAUAUUUAGAAGAAUAUCCAGAAUUUGGACUUGUCUUUGUUGGUCACAGUUUGGGUGGAGCAGUAGCAGCAGUUCUGGCUAUCAUGCUGUCCGAACCUACAAAACAUGUCCUUGGCGAGUUGGACAGCCCUGCGUUCGUGACAGCGACUAAACCAAGACUGCUACCUUCGAGGCCACAUACCUCCUCGUCACGAGAUAUCCCACCAAUUCAAUUGCCAGCUGGUCGACCAAUCCACGUCUAUGCCUUUGGUUCUCCAGCGGCUGUCUCAUCUAGUCUUCGGAUUGCGACUCGUGGAUUGAUCACUUCGGUGGUCAAUGCGAAUGACAUCGUCCCUUGUUUGUCGCUAGGUACAUUACACGACUUUCGUGCCAUUGCCGCCCUCCUGGGUAAAGACCUGACCGGCGCAUAUCAACUGAUAAGAGAACGAAUCUCAGAACGAGUGAGGAAGACAGCACAAUCCUGGUGUUCGGCAGAUUACGCACAGCCACCACUUGGGCCACCACCACCAUACAAUGUUGCUGGCGACAGAAUAGGAGAAGAUACAUGGAUGUGGAAACAGCUUUGCGGCAUGAGAAAAGUGAUGACGACCGAGAAGCUCUACGCUCCUGGAGAAAUAUUCAUCCUCGAAAGCACUCGAGUGUUUGAUCGUGAUCCUGAUGAGACCACGAUCACAGGUGCUGAGCAGUCGAGGCAAUAUACGCCAGUCGGACGUCCUGCAACACGAAUUCAGUUCAAAUGGGUUCGAGACGUUGAGGGAAGAUUCAAUGAGGUGAGGUUUGGAAGGACUAUGUUUCAUGAACAUGCUCCAUCCGCUUACGAAAAUAAUCUCAGCGCCCUGGAAAGUGGUGUUAUCGACGAUGCGUAG